UAUAGAGGAAGCAAAGAAAAGAGAUGCUGCUACAAUUUUAGGUUGUGAAGAGGGUCAGUGGCCUGUAGAGUUUGAGCCUGGUGACCUGUUUUGUAAACUGUGCAAUGGGGUGCUUGGUGAAAGGAAGAUACAUCCAGGAAGUGAUGGAGAAGGCCAUGUGAUGACAAACAGCAAUCCUUUUCAUUGAUGUAAAAUUUUUGUUAAGUCAUGUAAAAACAGAGAGUGUUCAGCUAUAACACAAGUUGUACCUCACAAUCUCGGGCUCUUUAAUGUGUGUGACAAAGUUCUCAUUGCUUUUGAAGUCUUGGUUGAAUGGAGGGAGGCCUUCAAGAGAGGAGUGCCAGUGUCUUCUGCCAUUGAAGCCAAAAUUGAUGCUUGGAAAACUUUAACACCCAAGGAAUGCCAACCAAGUUUGUCAGCACUACAGCAUAUUUCUAGACUUCUCUAUGAUGGAUUUUAUUGCUUCGAGAUGAUUUCUGUGAGAUCUUUAGAUCAAGUCAUUUGUGGCUAUUGUGGUAUUAUUGGAGAAUUGUAUAUGGGAGAUGGUAAUCAAAAGAACUGCUGUUCACUGAAAGGGGUUAAAUAUAGUGACAGUGACACAGAAGGGCAAGCUGACCUCCCAAGCUUGGAAGACUUUUUGUCUGCCUUGAAAAGUAUGUGGAUCGCAAAAGCUACCUUUUCCAAUUGGUCUGGUGUGGAAAACCUUGAUCUGUCUGUUAGCAAAAUCCCCCCUAUCAUUGCUCCUGCCUUGAGAGGUGAUAAAGUCUAUAAUACUGAAUCAAAGAAGAAAAGCGUGUAUCUGAAAGGAAGGACUAAUAUUGAAGGAGAUUCAGCACUUCUUCAUCAAAUUAUUACAAAUGAAAAUUUGAACAUGUCCUCAUUAGAAAGUUUAACUGUAGAAGAGCUCAAAAGAAUUGCAGGUUUUUGCAAAAUCCCUAUUUUGUCCUCUUAUUCAAAGAGUUUGGUGAUUGCCAAAAUUACAGCUCUUUAUGAGUACCUUUUGGUUGGAAAUUCACCAUGUCAUGGUUUCACCAAGGUACCUGGGCACACUGGCGGUUUCUAUCACUUUGUCUGUAGACAUGGUUGUACUGUUGGAUCGAAAUUCCUCUUGCUGCAAGAGUCAGUAAGGGAUGCAGCAGAUAUAUACAUGUCUCUGAGAUUUCCACCACCUUUGUUUAUUUGUGACACGCCAUGUGGCUUUGCACGUCACAUGGAUGUCCAACAUCCCACACUUGCCAGAAAACUAUGGAAUGAUAGAGUUGGAUGCUUCGAAAAGCCAACACUGGAUAAAACACCAGGCCAUGUAAGCAAUCCAGCACUUGUCCCCUUGGAGUAUCGUAGCGAAAACAUGGUUCUUCCUAGUCCAGACACACUUCAAGAAUUGGUACACCCCAUCACUGGAUCAGCACAAAGAUUUGUAGCUCAGGAUCGAUUUCAUGCCACUGCCGAGCCACAUAAGUCUCCCUUGUGCAAAUUUCAUGACAUCAAUAAUUGGGAGCAGGCCAAUACUAUCAAAACCAGUCAACAAGAAUCCGAAAACCAUAGGAAAAAUUUUUUGAGGUUGCGAAGCUCUACCAUGCAAACUUUUCCUGUGCAUUUCACAUACAAUUUUUUAAUGGAUUUCUAUCAUAAUGAGCAGAUAGUACAAAAGCAAAGACAAGAAAUCCUCUCAAGAAGUAAAGAAAAAGGUGCGAAUGGCAGUCAGAUUUAUAGAGAUGUGUACAAGAGAUUUAUGUUAGUUUGAUGUUAAUCAAAAUUGCAUUAUUAUAUUAAAAUAACAUUAUAUUACU